ACGUUGCGUGUUCUUUGUGUGUCGCGUUACGGUACAUUACCUGUUCUCUUUCCUUUUGCACAAUCUGUAAAAGUUUUCAUGGAAUCUGAUUAGUGGAUGGCUUGAAAGAGUUUUUUUCUGGUAAAAGUGAGGGCUGCGGAAUGGUUGAUUGUUUUUCAGUGAGAAAUAAGUGAAAUUCUGUUGGAAAAAUCGAACACAGCCAGAGGUAGUGUAUGCAGAAGGGAAAUCGCUUGUGCGAGGCAGGUGAAAAAAUUGACAUCAACAUACGGAAGUGGGAAACGUUGAUAGAUUGUUUCGGGAAGAGUGAAAUUUGCUGGGUUAUUAGUGUAAUCUACUAUGGUUGUUAAAUUCUAAAGCGUAGAAACAUUGUUCCUAGUAGAACUGGCCUAAUGGCACAGUGGACAACCACCCACUCACAGUUUUGCUUGUUAAAAUAUGGUUCACAUAUGACUGGAAAAGUCAGCAAAAAGAGUUGCUAAAAUCAAUAAUACGCAAGGAUACGCCUGCAGUCCUGUUAUUUGUCACUUCCAGAUGGUUGACUACAUUCGUUAUUAAAAGUGAAUUCAGAUCGCCGUCCCCGCGUUUCUUUGUGCUUGAUUUAGAUGAAAACUUAAAUGCGACAACAUUGAAAAAUACCAUGAACAUCUUUGGUUAAAUCUGGCACCAUAGGGCUCCGUUAAAAAAAUUAGUGAGAAAAAUAACGCAGAAGAAUUGAAAAGAAUUGUGAAAUAUUGUCUUUUGUGUCAUUUGCAAAUAUGAGAAGUGCAACGAGAGUCCACAUUGUGUGGUAGCUUGUUUUUAGUUUUAGCGAAAAACAAAGUUUGAAACAGUUGCUGCGGCUUCUGCAGGAGCAGCAGAAGCAGCUGCCACCGUAGCGAAAGCGAAAAAUCAUGAGUACGGAACAUCCGGCAGUGGAUUUGGCCAAUGCGACCGCCAGUUCAAAGCCGAACAUAAUCGUGCAUGCGACGGAAACGUCAACGGCGGCAGCGCUGGCCAUCGAUCCCCUGAUCAGCCACGUAGGAGACGGUAUUUUCCUGCAGACUAAAACCGCGCAGGGGCUGGCGGGAAUUUUCGUGUGGAUCGCUCUGUUCAUCACGUGUCAGCAGAUCUAUCAGCACUUACGUUGGUACACUAACCCACAGGAACAGCGAUGGAUCGUACGGAUAUUGUUCAUCGUGCCCAUAUACGCAACCUAUUCCUGGAUAAGUUUGCUGUUCUUCAACUCCGAAAGUGUCUACGUGUACUUCUUCACGGUGCGGGACUGCUAUGAGGCGUUCGUCAUCUACAACUUUCUGUCCCUGUGCUAUGAGUACCUCGGCGGUGAGGGCAACAUCAUGUCCGAAAUCCGUGGUAAGCCCAUCAAAUCGUCUUGCCUGUACGGGACAUGCUGUCUUACCGGCAAAACGUACACCAUCGGAUUCCUGCGCUUCUGCAAGCAGGCCACACUGCAGUUCUGUCUGGUGAAACCCCUGAUGGCAUUCAUCAUCAUCUUUCUGCAGGCCUUCGGACACUAUCACGAUGGUGAUUGGAGUGCUGAUGGUGGCUACAUCUACAUAACCGUCAUAUACAACAUUUCCGUCUCAUUGGCCUUGUACGGGCUCUACCUGUUUUACUUUGCCACGAGAGAUCUGCUAACGCCGUUCGAUCCUGUGCUGAAAUUCUGCACCGUGAAAUCUGUGAUUUUCCUUUCCUUUUGGCAAGGUGUCGGAUUGGCCAUUCUGGAGAAAGCUGAAGUAAUCUCACCCAUCGUUGAUGCUGGCGGCUCAACGACAUCGGCCGGUACGGUGUCCGCAGGCUAUCAGAACUUCUUCAUCUGCAUUGAAAUGUUGUUUGCUGCAAUUGCUCUUCGGUACGCUUUUCCGUAUCAGGUUUAUGCCCAAAGCUGUAUGACUGACGCACACGGCCGAUCUGUAACGAUGCAAUCAAUCUCCAGCAGUUUGAAGGAAACAAUGAACCCUAAAGAUAUUAUGACGGACGCAAUACACAACUUCCACCCACAGUAUCAACAGUACACACAGUACAGUUCGGAAGUUGUUUCGCAGCAACCCUACGAGAGACUCUAACUAAAAUUGGCCUAAGCAAACACGGCAAAAAAACAAACAAACCUUCAACAAAAUCUAGCCUUAAACGAUUAGACGGUGAUCUACAAGUGUAACACUAAUCUACUUAUGGAAACGCAUUGCUCUGUAUCUGUUUAAAACAAUAAAAAAAAUCUAAACAAGACUUUAGGGAAGCAGCAAGGCACUGAAAUUGGUCAAAUCAAAUGAACAAAAUUUUUAUUGAAAUUCUUUUCGAUUAGAGCAUAGCUUUUAACGAUAAAUAAAAACAAACUGAUUAAACUAUUUUAUUAGGUUUAAAGCAAACAACUUACUAUCCGUCGAUAACUACUUUUAGGUUCCACCGGCUGUUGGAAAAAAAUGAGCAUUAUUUUAUUUUUAUCUUACGUAUAUUUUAAUUCCAUAGAAAACAGUUAUUGCUAAGCGAAACAAAUGUAUAUUAAUAAGACUUUUGACCUACUGAAUUCAAUUAUUAAUGUUAGAACGACUGUAAAAAACACAUGUUCGGCAGACCAGAACUCUUAAGCAAAUCAUUGUUAGACUAUAUAGAAAUCCUAUACAUAGAAAAUUAACAAACCCAGAUUCUUAAUCGUACUUAAGUGUUAAAAAAGCAGUUUUUAAAGAAUCUGAGUAGUAAUAUUUGCUCGCCAAAAACUAUCAAAAAUAGCUCUCGUCCAGUUUGACUGUCGCUCAACCGAAGCAUGUAUAAAUCUGUUUUCCUCUUUCUAUCACUUUUCUAUCGUCUUCUGCUUGUUUUCAACCGAAAGAAAAAAAACAUUCACACUCGUGAGCCUAGCUCAACCAUUAAAUUAACUUUUGCUCAACAAAAGCUUGUGCCGUGUGUUCUAAAUUCUGCAUGCUUUUCCUGUGCAAGUGCAAAUAUUACUGCUUCGAUAGUCGUUAGUGUUUACUGCCUGCUCGUUCUACUAAGUGCCCAAUCGGGUUCGUUCCUGCAAACUGGGACUCCAACCUGGACUGUGCUUGCAAGCAAAGCAAAGAUGAUGUUUAGCGAAACAAAACAAGGUGAGCCUCGCGAAUUACUUGCACACACCUUAUUCCCCCUAUAAUCUUGGCUAAAAGCUUGGCCGGUCCUUAUUAACGAUUAGAUGAUGACGAUGAAGAAGAAAAGCGACCGAACGCAUGCAUUCGCAGGUAAUCCCGACAGCUAAUGUCUGUUCUAUCUAGCGCGUGAUUCGUAUAAGGAACGAUGGUGCACUUUCCUUUACUGUAAGUACCUUUAAACUCGAGUAAACCUAAAGUAAAGCAAACGAAU